CUCGUGCUGGCAGCAGCGCUCUACUCGCAGUGGUGCUGCACCCUGCUGGGCCUGCGCUGGGCUGAAGCGGGCCACGGGCUGGCAGCGGGCAAUCUGGUGUCGCUGCUGGUGGGGUACGAGGUCGUGGCGUUCUGCUGUGCCGUGCACGUGUUGGUUGCCAUUCAGCUGAGGCGAGCCCGAGGGCUGCCGCUGGUGGGGGCGUUACCUGCUACUCUGCUCGCGCUGCUGCAGGUGGCGCCGGUGAUUCAGGAGCACCUUGUUGCCGCUGUCAGGUGGGUAUUGUGUGGGUGGGUGCUGUUGUGGGGACUUUACUUUAGAGUACGCAUUGCUGCCGUUGGUGGGGCGUCAGGUGCAGCUUUCACUCACCUUCCCUGCGCCUCUCUCGCCGGCUCUCUCGUCUCACCCCUUUGCAUGCCUCCCUACUUCCCAUUCUUCCAUACACAGGCACGGGCUAGCUGUCCUAAUGGUGACCAGCACGGGCUAGUGGUCCUGAAAGUCACCAGUCUUUCUCUCGGUCGAGCUGGGUGCCUUCCCGUUCCUCUGCGGCUGGUGGAUCGACUUCUGCUCGCUCUCUCUCAUCGGUGCCUCUUCACCCAUCUCUAUCCCUUCUCAUCCCUCUCAGGCACGGCUUGGUGGCACGGCUUGGUGGUGCUGAAAGUCACCAGUCUCCUCUCAGUGGAGCUGGGCGCCUUCCCGCACGGUUUGGUCGUGCUGAAAGUCACCAGUCUCCUCUCGGUUGAGCUGGGCGCCUUCCCGUUCCUCUGCGGCUGGUGGAUCGACUUCUGCUCGCUCUCCCUCUUCGGUGCCUCUUCACCCAUCCUUAUCUCUCCGUAUCCCUUCCCACCCCUUCCUGUUCCUCUCAGGCACGGUCUAGUAGUUCUCAAGGUCACCAGUCUCCUGUCAGUCGAGCUCGGGGCCUUUCCUUUCCUCUGUGGCUGGUGGAUCGACUUCUGCUCGCUCUCCCCCCUCUGCGCCCCUCCACCCAUCUGUAUCCCGUCCUAUCCCUCUCUAUUAUUUUCUAUCCCUUUCCAUCCCUCGCAGGCACGGCUUGGUGGUCUUGAAAGUCACCAGUCUGCUCUCAGUGGAGCUAGGCGCCUUCCCGUUCCUCUGCGGCUGGUGGAUCGACUUCUGCUCGCUCUCCCUCUUCGGUGCCUCCCCCUCGGACCGCCUCGCGCUGCUGCUGGCGCACCCGCUGCUGUGCUGCUUCCUGCACUGCCUUCCAUCCUCUCCCCUGCCAUCCCCCUUCCCCGCCACCACCCCAUCAUCCUUCGCUUCAUUCCCCUCCUCUUCCUCGGUCACCAUGCCAUUCCUGCGUUUGGCACCUCACUACCAGGAUCAUGUUCACCUCACUACCAGGAUCAUGAUCAUGUUCACCUCUCCUUCCUCCAUGAUCCUGCCGACCCAAACUUCGAUCCCUUCAGGGAUCUCGUGGAGGACUCCAUCCCCAAGCACACAGCCUCUCCCUGUUCCCCCUCCCCCCUUUUCAUCCUUCUCCCCGUUCUUGCCGUUCUAUCCUGCGCCCAGGCGUCCUCUCUUUCCUUCGAGACCCCACCGACCCAAACUUCCACCCGGGUCCUCUCCUUCCUUCGAGACCCCACCGAUCCAAACUUCAACCCGUUUCGCGACUUGGUGGAGGACCCCAUUCCCAAGCACGCGCGCCGCAUCGUGCUCUCCCUGCUUGCCUACGGGGCGCUCGUGGUGCUGCUGCUCUUCCUGCCCGUGCGAGCAGCCAUCGCCAUCGCGCCCACCAUGUUCCCAUUCAACUACAGGUUCUCCGACCCGCUAAUGAAGAUCCCACUAGAAAUGCUCCUCUUCCAAGUGUGCAUGCCCUUCCCAGUGUGUCCCUUCCGAAGCCCUUCUCAACACGAACGGCCCCGUCCCUCCCCCACGCUCCCUUCCAGGUUCUCCGAUCCACUGAUGGAGAUCCCGCUAGACAUGCUCCUCGUCCACGUGUGCAUCCCCUUUGCCAUCGACCGCCUGCGCCCGCGCGCCACCAUCAAGGCCGCGCUCUCCCUCUGGUUCCGCGCUGCCGCCCACCUCCUCAUGCUACAGCAGUUCCUGCUCCCGCCCCCUGCCGGUCCCGCCGCUGCUGCUGCUGCUGGUGAUGCUGGUGUCGGUGCUGGUGCUGCUGCUGCUGCUGCUGCUGCUGCUGUUGCUGCUCCCCCCCCUCCUCCUCUUGCGCCUGCUGGUGUUGCUGCUGCUCCUCCUCCCCCACCUCCCAUAGCCUUUCGCCCCCCUCCCCCUCCUGUUGCUUUCCACCCUGCAGCUGCUGCUACUCCUCCUCCUCCCCCUCCUCUUGCUUUCCAACGCUCUCCUAACCCUGCUGCACCUGAGACCUCUCAUAUUGCACCUGCUUCCCAUGCCACCACUCCUAAUGCGCCUCUACCAGGGUCUUCUGUAAGAACGAGAACCGUAGCUGGGGAAAGCAUUGAUGAGGGGUCUUCAGAAUUGGACUCCCGUGUCAUUGCUCCAGAUGACACUCCCAUGGACAGCCGGUUUGUUGAGAGAAUAUUAGCUGCGGAGAAGGCAGCAGAGGCAGCGCUGGCGAGAGCAGCAGCAGCACCCUCGCGAGGUACUGUUGCUGUAAGAGCAGUUGGGAUAGUUGGAGCAGUUGGGAUAGUUGGAGCAGUUGGGAUCGCUGGGACAGCUGGGAAGGAGGACGAGCAUUUCCGGGUGCGGAUAGUGGCUCUGCUGGUGGCGGCGUGGGCGUCUCUAGCAGCGUUCAACACGGCAGUGGUGCUGCUGCCCACGGCUGUGGGGCGAUUGGCCUUUCGGCUGUCCGCCUCCAUGCUGCCCAGUGCUGCUGCUGACGACACUCCUUGCAAUGACCUCUAUUCCUUUGGCAUCGGAGCCUACCUCAUCUGGGGGUCCAUAGCAGCCAUGCAAGCAGCUGUCUUGCGGUUACCGCGUAACAACAUGCGGGCGCUGCUGCUACCUCUCGUGCACUGGGCUGCUGUGGCCCUUAAAGCGGCGGUGCUGCUGCUGCUGUGGUUGGUAGUGGCACCAAUCCUAGCAGGUCUGCUGGUCGACCUAGCUGUCAUCAUGCCCAUCCGAGUGCCCAUCAACGAGUCCCCGCUGCUCUCUCUCUACCACGACUGGGCUCUCGGCCUCAUACUGCUCAAGCUAUGGGCCAGAGUGGUCACCGCACAGAACCACUUGCUAGCCAACCAAGAGUGGCGGGCCCGUUUCCUCCGCCUGCAACAAGACGGCCUCCGCCGCCUCAACGCCGCCCGCACCUUCCAGGAGAUUAUCGCUCCAGUCCUCCUCUUCCUCCUCACAGCCCUCACAGCUCCCUUCCUGGCUGUCCGCGCAGCACUCCCCUUGCUCCGCCUCCCCCCCGUGCUCGAAUCAGCGGCGUUCCGAUUCGCGUGGAUUACUGCGUUGGGGGUGGUGGGGACGGCGAGGGUGUGGCGGCGGGUGUGUGAGUGGCUUGCUUCUUUGCACGAUGCGAUUCGGGACGAUAGGUACUUGGUCGGCCGGCGCUUGCAUAACUUUCAGCACCAGCGAAGAUGA